UUGUACAUUUGCGAAUAGAGCGUUUGAAACACGAGUGUAAACACUAGGAAAGCAACGCCAUUGCUGUCUCUCUCUCUAUCAAGAACAAUGAGAAAUCGAGGUGUGAUGAAUGAAGAUAGGUUGAAUCAGUUGCCUGAAGCUUUGAUUCUGCGGAUCUUGUGUUUUCUUCCUACAAAAACUGCCAUAACCACGAGUGUUUUGUCUAAACAAUGGCGUUCUCUUUGGAAGCUGGUGCCGAAUCUAAAGUUCGAUUCUGACGAUCACAAAAGUGAAGACCAAACAUUUUCAGAGGGUGUUUCCAGGUCGAUCCUUUCACAUAAAGCUACCGUUCUAGAGAGUUUGCUUCUGAGAUUUAGUUUAGAUAAAGUUAGUCCUGUAGAUAUAGGACUUUGGGUUGGAAUCGCGUUUACUCGACAUUUGCGUAAAUUGGUACUCUAUGCUUCAUACCCUGCGCAUGAUGAGACCUUCACAUUUCCGCCUAGCUUGUGUACUUGCAACACACUUGAGACUCUGAAACUCUCACUUGGUAUUAUUGUAGAUAUACCUUCUCCGGUUCUUAUGAAGUCUCUUAGAACUUUGCACCUUGGGUUUGUGAGCUACAAAGACGAUGAAUCUUUUCGUAACCUGUUAGCUGGUUGCCCUAUUCUUGAAAAUUUGGUUUUGGAUCGAGGUCAGUAUUAUGGUGAUGUUGUGACUUUCGUUAUUGAAGUCCCGUCUUUGAAGAGACUUGAGAUUUAUGAUGAUAAUUGUGACGAAAGGUUUGGAGGAUAUAGAAUUAAUGUCCCCUCUUUGGAAUACUUGGCAUUCCAAGAGUUAAAGGAUUUAGAGAUUAGUCUGAAUGCGCCGGAGCUGGUGGAGGUUUAUAUUAUUGGAGGUUCUUAUAAAAUCGCUAAUAAGUUUCUUGGAUCGCUUAAGUCAACCAAACGUCUUUCUUUCGAUUUAUUACCCUUGGAGAUUGUGUAUCCAACUAGUAGUAUCUUCUAUCAACUGGUGAAUCUAGAGAUGCAUACACGUAAAAAAGGGUGGUGGAAUGUACUUACGGUCAUGCUCGAAAUCUCUCCUAAACUACAAGUCCUCAGGCUCCUUGAUUAUAGGAAUAAAGAUGAUGAUAUGGUUGGCGGGAAAUGGAAUGAACCAAAGUAUGUUCCUGUUUGUUGUGUUUGUUGUGUUUGUUGUCUCACCUCGAGACAUUUGUGUGGGAAUAAUAUGCUUGGGAUAGACAAGAAGAGCAAGAAGUGGCUGCAUACAUUCUACGGUACGCAAAACUGUUGAAGAAGGUAACAAUCUCCACUAAUCCUAUCGAUUCAAAAGAGCUAAAGAAGUUGGAAGAGAGACGUAAGAUGCUCAAAGAGAUGGCUAGUGUGGUCAGGGCUUCCAAUUCUUGCCACAUUCCUUUCGAAUUUAACAUAUAAGAGUCAACUCUUCAUAGAGCCUGUUGGUUAAACAUAGGGAUUUACAUGGGUUUUGGAUAUCGGGGAUGGUUUCUAUAUAUUUUG